GCGUGUGGUUUACAGAAGAGGAGGACAUGGCGGGGGAACAGGGCUGGUCUCCAAGGACUGGAGUGAGAAUAGGCAGCUGUGGGCUUCGGGAAAUUUCUCUGGGUUGUCAGAUGACUCAUUCUUGCUGCAGCAGCUAUGGGCUCCACUGGCCCUGAGCCCUCAGGGGUGACUGUAGGGGUCCUCCUAUCUCUUGCCUUGCAAGGGCCUUACUUGUGCUUUUUUCCCCCUAGGCAGCCAUGGGUGCCAGGCAGUGCUGAGAGCAGUGGGGCAUGGCUUCAACCUUGCAGGUCUUGCCCCGCGUGGCCCGAGCCCCCUUGCGUCCACUACUCUGGGGGGGCCUAGCGGCCCGGAUGGCCAGCGGCAUGGCCUUGGCAGAGCAGGCACGGCAGCUGUUUGAGAGUGCCGUGGGUGCUGUGUUGCCGGGCCCUAUGCUGCAUCGGGCUCUGUCCUUGGACCCUGGUGGCACACAGCUGAACGUGCGGGACCGGAGCUUUCAACUGCGGCAAAACCUCUACAUUGUGGGGUUCGGCAAGGCUGUGUUGGGCAUGGCAGCUGCAGCUGAGGAUCUACUGGGCCAUCAUCUCGUGCAGGGUGUGAUCAGCGUUCCCAAGGGCAUCCGUGCUGCCAUGGAGCACGCCGGCAAGCAGGAUAUGCUGCUGAAGCCACACAGCCGGGUCCAGGUAUUCGAGGGUGCAGAAGACAACCUGCCGGACCGCGAUGCACUGCGGGCUGCUCUGGCUAUCCGGCAGUUGGCCGAGGGACUCACGGCCGAUGACCUGCUGCUCGUGCUCAUCUCAGGUGGAGGCUCAGCCCUGCUGCCUGCCCCCAUCCCACCUGUCACACUGGAGGAGAAGCAGACACUCACCAAGCUGCUGGCAGCCCGUGGAGCCACCAUCCAGGAGCUGAACACCAUUAGGAAGGCCCUGUCCCAGCUUAAGGGAGGGGGGCUGGCUCAGGCUGCCUAUCCUGCCCAGGUGGUGAGCCUUAUCCUGUCAGAUGUGGUGGGCGACCCUGUAGAGGUGAUUGCCAGUGGCCCCACUGUGGCCAGUGCCCACAAUGUGCAAGAUUGCUUGCAUAUCCUCAAUCGCUACGGCCUUCGUGCUGCUCUGCCACGUUCUGUGAAGACUGUGCUGGCUCGGGCUGACUCUGAUCCCCAUGGGCCACAUACCUGUGGCCAUGUCCUCAAUGUGAUCAUUGGCUCCAACGUUCUGGCACUGGCUGAGGCCCAGCGGCAGGCUGAGGCACUGGGCUACCGGGCCAUGGUGCUGAGUGCAGCCAUGCAGGGUGAUGUGAAGAGUGUGGCUCAGUUCUACGGGUUGCUGGCCCAUGCAGCAGGAACCCGCCUCACCCCAUCCACAGCUGGGGCUUCUGUGCAGGAGGAUGCAAAACUCCAUGAACUGGCUGCUGAGCUUCAGAUCCCAGACCUACAGCUGGAGGCGGCUCUGGAGGUUGUGGUAGGGGCUAUGGGCCCAGUCUGCCUGCUGGCUGGUGGUGAGCCCACAGUGCAGCUGCAGGGCUCAGGCAAGGGUGGUCGGAACCAGGAACUGGCCCUGCGUGUUGGAGCAGAGUUGGGAAGGUGGCCACUGGGGCCUAUUGAUGUGCUGUUUUUGAGUGGUGGCACCGAUGGGCGGGAUGGGCCCACAGAGGCUGCUGGGGCCUGGGUCAUGCCUGACCUUGCCAGCCAGGCUGCCGCUGAGGGCCUGGACAUGGCCACAUUCUUAGCCCAGAAUGACUCACAUGCCUUCUUCUGCCACUUCCAGGGUGGGACACACCUGCUGCACACAGGGAUGACAGGUACCAAUGUCAUGGAUACCCACUUCUUGUUCCUGCGGCCUCGGUGAUGGCAUACGUCACUUUCUGGGAGUCCAAAGGAGGCCUGCAAGGGCAGGAUCCUAUGGCAGGCCAGGGUUGGUCCUCAGGGUUUCACUAGGCCUUAGGACACCUCUCUCCUUGGCCCUGGCUGCUUGGUUGGCCCUCACACCUUCCAUUCAGGGCCUCUCAGCUACAUGUCCAUUCCCCCUAACCAGAAUGGCAGGAGGGGGCUCACCUCCACCCCUACUUUCUGCUAUGGCAGCAGGUACCCCUGAGGACUGGGACAAACCCAUUGGCUAGUUUGCUGUUACCAUUCUUCUCCCCUGGACAGUCCCUCUGUUGAGCCCCUUAGCCUGUGUAUUCUGUGGAGUGAAGCAAGAAUGACUAAAAAUAAAAAGGACCA